GUCACUUGGACGAGCUCAGCGUUCAUUUUGCAUUUCUAACAAACAAUGGUAAUACUCGUAUCAUAUACAUUGAGAAAGUAAUGGUUUUUUGAGUAACUUUAUAAACUAUAUCAAGUUUGAGUGAAAUGCCCGAGUCUUCAUGUGCUUUUUACUUCUGUUUCUCCAUAUUGUCCUGCAAUCAGGAAUCCCACAGUGCAGCAUCAGCAGUGACGAGAACCCCGCCUCCCUGGAACCUGGAACACAGCUGACUCUGACGGUGGACAUCGCGGGCUACUACUGUUCUGUGGAGACUGGCUUUGAUCUCACUACUGGUGCUGUGACUGAAGAGUUGGGAACGAGACACAACGUCAGUGUUGUAACAGACUUAACCAUCACCACGACCUUCAGUGUAGACAUCACACGAUUAGGUGAAGUAACGCUGGACUUCACAUGUGACAGAAGUUGGACUGUGACUUGUAAUGGUGUCCAGAAACUGCUGAAAACUCCACCACAUUGCAACAUCAGCAGCGACACAGACACCACCGCACUGGAUCCUGGUACAAAUCUCACCCUGACAGUCGACAUCAGGAACUACUACUGUUCCCAAACUGCUGGGUUCCAACUGACAACUGGAAUCAUUACAGAAACCCUCCUGGAGAACCAGACAAUGGACAAUAUAACUGACACUAUUCUAACCCAGCCCUUGAGUGUGACAGCUGACCACUUCGGAGACGUCACUGUGACGUUCAUGUGCGACAGCAUCACCAGGCCCCUUGUCUGUGACGGAGUUGACAAGUUUAGUGUCACAUCGUCACCACCUGACCAGCCGCCCCCUACCACCAGACCCCCUCCUGCCGAAGAUGAUACUGUAGCUCUUGCUGUCGGAUUAUCUGUGGGAGUUGCCGUAAUCCUUGUCAUCGCCAUAGUUCUCGUUGUCCGCUCUCGCCGAAAUAAACUGACAUUAAAAUAAGCAUCGCAAGUACACAUGGGAUGAAUUAAAUCUAAUAAACAUGA